AUGGCGAAUCAUGGUCAUCAAGACUCCAGCUUUAAGGGUGGUGAGUCGUUUUUCAGGAGUGUGUUGGCAAGCAUGGAGACAGUUUAUUUGAACAGAAAUCCCACAGCAAAGUCCAUCUUGGAGCUUGUCCGUUCUGUUGAUGAUGAGCAAAUUUGCUAUGACCAUUUUGCAUUCAGAACAUUUGGGGUAAAUGACCAUGGCAUUGAUUCAAUGGCAAGAAUUUUCUUGGAUUUUGGCUAUGUUCAACGUGAGGAAUUGAGAUUCCCAGCUAAAAAGUUGAAAGCUUUCUGGUUCUCUCCACCAAAGAUUCAAAACUCUGAUAUUGGCAUUGGUGUUAAUGGGCCAUUGCCUAGAAUAUUCAUAUCAGAACUUCUGGUGGAUGAGUUAAGCCCACAAGCUCAGGAAAUAAUUAGGAAAUAUACUGAUAUAUCAGGCAAUGGGAACAAGUAUGCAGCUCUUGCAAGUUGCUUUGGAUCUUUGACAUGGGAGAAACCCUCAUACUCAGAGUUCCAAGUGCUAGCUAGCGAAAGUGAAUAUGCUGCUUGGACCUUAGUUAAUGGAUAUGCUCUAAAUCAUGUUACUAUAUCCACCCAUCGGCUGAAAUCACAUCUUAGAAGUAUCAAAAGUCUCAACGACUUCAUUGAGGAGAAUGGUUACAAGUUAAACUCUGAAGGGGGUGUUCUCAAAGGUUAG